GGCAGCAGCAGCAGACGCUCCGGUCAGACGGGCGCGCAGCCUCCUCCGUGCAGCCGCUCAUGCCUUCACGCGCUCCGGGGAAACGCCGCCUGACACGCCGCUGAGGAAGAGGAGGGGAGAGGAAGAGGAGCGGAGCAGCCGAGCCGAGAGGAGCGGACCGGAGGACCGGAGGACCGGAGGACCGGAGAGGAGCGCAGCCGCGGAACAUGCUGGAAAACGGGCGGAAGGUGUUGAAGGAGGGUCUGCUGGAGAAGCGCAGCGACGGGCUGCUGCAGCUGUGGAAGAAGAAGCGCUGCGUCCUGACGGAGGACGGAGUCCUGCUGCUGCCGCCCAAGCAGCACGACCACCACCCGCAGCAGCCGCCGCACGGCGGGGGGGACGCCGGCAGGGUCAAGGAGCUGCACUUCGCCAACAUGAAGACCGUGGACUGCGUGGAGCGCAAGGGCAAGUACGUGUACUUCACGGUGGUCAUGACGGAGGGCAAGGAGAUCGACUUCCGGUGCCCGCAGGACGAGGGCUGGAACGCAGAGAUCACCCUGCAGAUGGUCCAGUACAAGAACCGCCAGGCCAUCCUGGCCGUCAAGUCCACCCGGCAGAAGCAGCAGCUGCUGGUGGUCCAGAUGCCCGGGCAGAAGACCGUCCGGAGCGCCCCCAACGUGGCGUGACCCGCGGAGACCCCCGAGGACUCUGGUGCACCGGUUAAUCGGACGCUGAUCCGGAGGACGAACCCGAGCUGCACCCCCCGCCGCCGCCUCCCCGCCGCGCCCCCCCCAGCGGGAGACCCCGUCCCCCAGGCCGAGGCCUCCCCCGGCCCCCGCCGCCCCUCCCCCUUCCAAUACAGACACUUCUUUCACAAGAGACUGAUGGACAGAAAGCAUGUGAGAAAACAGCUGUAUUCCAGCGUGCGGUGGCUCCGGCCCCUAUUUAUUAGACCUGUACAUAUAUUUUUUCUAUUCAAAAAUGUUGACGAGUGAAGCAGGAUCUCAGCUUCUCGCUUCUGUUACCCGACGACUUUAUCGUGCUUAAAAAAAACAACCUGUCAUCUCUUUUUUCUUUUUUGUUUUGUUUUCAUUUCUCAACUGAACCAAAGACUCAUUUUUUCACCGAGUUUCUGUCGUUGUUGUGCAGUGGUGACUGUAUUUGGCCACAGAUCUGUUCAUAUCUACUGGAAACGUUACAUCCUCACUGUGUGUGUUUCAGUCAUCGGCCCCUUGGUUUCCUUUUGAGUCUUAUAUGGAGGACGGUUCUGGGUUCUGGUUUGUUUUCAGUGGUUACAGAGACGAGGCCUUCCGGGUGGCGGGUCUCAGAUGCUGAGCUGCUCUGAAGUCAGUCGGACUGAAACUACAGCAGAAAUAAAAGAAAAAACAUGUCAAUCUAAAAAACUAUGUGAAGAAAACUACAGAUGCUAACCAAAUCCCUGCUUUUCAGUGUUUCGCCUGCUAGCUUAAAUACAUUCUGACGAUUCCAAAAUACUUUCAAGAAGCUUUAAAUAUUGAAACAAUUAAUUAAAUACAAAAAUAGUGUUAUAAAGUUACCGUAAUGAGAUGCUAAAGCUAAAUUCUGGAAUCAGUUUCUGGCGCCUGUAAUUGUUUACCGUUCUUUAUAGCUAGCAUCUCGAACCUUUCUGUCUUCGUAGCAGCUCUGUCUCUGAGAAACGUCAGAACCUGGAGUGUUUCCAGUCAGAGAACCGAAGAAAACCGCGAAGGACCGUGACACCCGGCGCGUCACGCAGCGGCUAACGGCCUCAGAACUUCCCCUCUGUCUUGUUUUUCAUCGACGGGGGAUGUUUUCCCCCCGUCUGCGGUGGUGGUUUUCAACCUGGCCCCGGCCGGCGUGUCGAAGCGGCGCAUGCCUCGGCGCCGCCGUCAUCCCCCACACAGGGUCGGAGCGCCGCGGCGGGACGCCUCUCUGACAUGCCUUCCUGUUGCCAUCAUUACCCUCUCGGUUGUAGCUGUGCCCUUUGUAGCCACUGUCCGAUUUCUUAUUUCAAUGUGAGAUCUAUUUUCAUACCUCGAAAUAUACAUUCCAUUAAUAAAAGCCCAAAUAAAAGCUGA